AUGUUACAGGGAAAAUCCCUUACACUUUAUGGAAUACCGACAUUCAGGUUCGAAAAUCCACGAAAUAUUAAUUAUCGUGCAAUAGUACUAAUACUCGUAGAUAUUUUUGUUCUUUUAUGGAUCUUUAACCACUUAAUUUUAGAAGUUUACCUUCUGUAUAUUGUGUUUAAAAGUCUAAUAAAUAUUCUACUUGUAGGUGAGGCAAACAGUAGGGAAGUAACCGAAAGUCCCAGAAAAAAAUUGAAAAGUCAUGACGUUCGAGUCGAGCAGCCAAGAGUAGAAACGAAAGAGCAUAGCCAAGACCAGGCUGAGCCUGAUCAAAUGUGUAACAAAUAUUCAUAUUAUUUAUCUAAAGUUCGCGGUCUUAAUAAUAAUUACAAUAGUAGAACCAGCAGUAUUCAUAUUAGAGAAAUUCUUGCCUUAGAAAAGAGUGAAUUAAUAUCAUCUAUACAGUUCAAUUACAUGUUUGAUGUCAGUUGGCUAUUGGACCAAUACCCAGAAGAUUACAGGAAAAAUCCAGUUUUAAUUGUACACGGUUACAGCGGCCAGUCUCGCAAUAAUUUAGAGCAACAAGGGCAACCAUUUCCAAAUGUUAAAUUUCAUCAGGCAAAAUUAGAAAUGGCCUAUGGUACGCAUCACAGUAAGAUGAUGUUUCUAUUGUACUCGAACGGACUACGAAUUGUUAUUCAUACCGCAAAUCUAAUCCCACAAGAUUGGGGUCGUAGAACGCAAGGUAUUUGGAUAAGUCCACUAUUUCUGAAACGAUCAGAUAAAUCAGAAAUGAACAUAGCAGAUGAUACUGGAUUUAAACAAGAUUUACUGGAUUAUGUUGCUAGCUAUGGACCGGCUUUAUUUGAAUGGAGAAGUCGAAUUAUGGAGCAUGACAUGUCAUCCGUAAACGUUUUUCUAAUAGCUUCGGUCCCUGGUAGACACGCUGGUAAAAAUAUUGAUAAAUGGGGACACUUGAAACUGCGAAAGAUUCUAAAACGUAAUGGGCCAAGUAAGGAUGAUGUAUCAGCAAAUUGGCCAGCCAUAUGCCAAUUUUCUAGCAUUGGUUCGCUUGGUAGUAAGCGUGAUGCAUGGUUGUAUAGCGAAUUUAGGACUAGUUUAUCUUCCACAUCAACGACAAGGUUAUCUCAAUUGGGAGAAAGAAAAGCUGAUGUUAAGCUGAUUUUCCCGUCUGUAGAAAAUGUCCGAAAUUGUUUAGAAGGUUAUAAAGGUGGUUCUUGCUUACCAUACAAUCGGGGUACCGCCAAUAAACAACCUUGGCUAAAUUCCUUAUUACACAAUUGGGCUGCCAAAAAAACUGGACGCCAUCGUGCAUCUCCUCACAUCAAAACUUACACUCGCGUAUCACCAGAUAAUACAGAAUUAGCUUGGUUUCUUAUAACCAGGCAAGUCGCAAAUCUUUCCAAAGCUGCUUGGGGCACAAUGGAAAAAAACGAAACGCAGUUGAUGAUUCGAUCUUAUGAAAUUGGUGUACUCUUUCUACCCAAGCAGUUUGGGGAUGGUAAGACAUUUAAAACUUGUGACCUGAAGACAAACUGGUUAAUUCCUUACGAUUUACCGUUGAUUCCGUACGGACUUCAAGAUUCCCCAUGGACAUGGGAUACACCUCAUCUUGAGCCUGAUACUCAUGGUGCUCAGUGGAUUCCAGGAGGAUAUAAAGCCUUUAGGGAAAGCCGCUAUGAUAAAGAGGAACAACCAUGA